AUGGAGGGAGCAGGCGCUGGGUUCCGGAAGGAGCUGGUGAGCAAGCUGUUGUACCUACACUUCAGGGACAAGAAGACCAAAGUCAGUGCAGAUGCCCUGCAGCUCAUGGCUGAGAUGCUGAGGAUCUUUGUGGUCGAGGCAGCCAUCCGUGGGGUCCGGCAGGCCCAGGCUGAGGAUCUACCCCUGGUGGAUGUGGACCAGCUGGAGAAGGUGCUCCCUCAGCUGAGAGCCAGUGGGGGGACUGGUUAUACCCCAGGGCUCAAGGCAGGUCCAGGAUGGACAGGGGACAGGGUGACCCAGGCCUGUCCUAGAGCCUCCUGGCUUAGACCUGACGGGUACUCUGCCGACCCAAGCUCCUCUUACCCGCUGCAGACACCGUAG